AUGAAGUAUUUACUAGUCACUGGAGGCGUUAUCAGUGGCAUUGGUAAAGGAAUCGUCUCUAGUAGCAUUGGCGCUAUUAUGAAAGCCAACGGAUGGGUUGUUACGUGCAUAAAAAUUGAUCCAUAUUUAAAUAUUGAUGCUGGCACUUUUUCGCCUUAUGAGCAUGGCGAAGUUUAUGUUUUGGAUGAUGGAAGCGAAGUGGACUUAGACUUGGGCAAUUAUGAACGUUUUAUAAAUGUGACUCUCACUAAAGAUCAUAAUAUAACUACUGGUAAAAUUUAUCAACAGGUUACGCAACGAGAACGUAGAGGUGAAUACCUUGGAAAAACUGUACAGGUUGUUCCCCAUAUUACCGAUGCCAUUCAAGAAUGGGUAAUUAAUGUCGCCGAAAAGCCCGUUGACGCGUCAAACCGUGUCCCCGAGCUCUGCUUGAUCGAACUUGGCGGAACCAUUGGUGAUAUAGAAUCCAUGCCCUUUGUUGAAGCUUUCAGACAACUUCAAUAUCGUGUGGGUCCUAAAAAUUUCUGUUGUGUCCAUGUUAGUCUUGUGCCAAAUCUCUCCACUGUUGGCGAACCAAAAACAAAACCAACUCAAGUCAGUAUUCGUGAAUUGAGGGCGCGUGGUCUCCAAGCGGAUAUUCUCUUUUGCCGUUGCAAUAGCGAACUCUCAUCCAAAGUCAUUGAAAAAUUGGGUCUUUUCUGUCAAGUGCCAACUGACCAUGUAAUUCAAGCUCGUGAUGUGGACAAUCUCUACCAAGUGCCUUUGGCUCUCGAGUCGCAGAAACUCUCGACUCUGCUUCUGCAACACUUUGGCCUUGAGCCGAAAGAACUCGGGCCCACUCCCCCGCUAGCGGCCUGGGAAGCAAUGGUUGAUCAUAUGCUCCAUGCCUCUGAUACGAUUCGUAUUGCUGUCGUCGGCAAGUACACCAAGCUCAGCGACGCCUAUUUGUCGCUCCUUAAGGCAUGUGAGCACGCGGCAACUUACUGCAAUUGCAAACUGAAGGUUGACUUGGUCGAUUCGGAGGAGUUAGAACCCGCCAUGGAGCACUCUUCACCGGAACAAUAUCACGAAGCCUGGUUGUCAGUGAGCAACGCACAGGCCGUUAUCGUCGCCGGGGGCUUUGGGCCAAGGGGUUGUGAGGGCAAGAUAGCUGUUAUACGGUAUUGUCGUGAACGGGGUGUCCCCUUCUUGGGCAUAUGUCUUGGAUUUCAACUCGCUGUUGUUGAAUUCGCUCGCAAUAUUCUUGGAUGGAAAGAUUCAAAUUCAGCAGAGUUCGAUCAAAAUACCACACACCCUGUGGUAGUCGAUAUGCCCGAAUUCAAUCCUGGAGAUAUGGGUGGCACUAUGCGCUUGGGUUCCCGUCGAACCAAAUUCGUUGUCUCCCCCGUGGUGAAGGAUUACCUGGACAAAUUGGAGUUUGCUAAGACGACUAAUCGUCUGUCUCGUGUCUCAGUUUCCGGUUCACAGGUCUCUGAGGAGGAUAGUGCUGAAGAUAUCGAUGCUAAUAACUCCAAUGAAACUGAAAGCGAUAAAGAAAAUUUCCCUGAUUACUUCUCUUACUUCAAUACCUAUCGACUGGUGAAUGCUGAUCAUAUCGACGCCAGGCAUCGACAUAGAUACGAGGUUAAUCCAAAGCUAAUCAACGAUUUUGAGGCCAAUGGUUUUGCAUUCGUAGGUCGGGAUGAUGCUAAAGGUAACAGAAUGGAGAUUGGAGAGCUGAUUCGACCUAUUUUUUGUAAGAGGGGUAAAUCUUCGAAAGAUGCAGCCUCUAGUUUAAGCGAAUCCAGACAUCCCUACUUUGUUGGGACUCAAUUCCACCCGGAGUUAACAUCGCGGCCGAUGGCUCCCUCACCUUUCUUCUUGGGUCUAGUAUAUUCGGCGCUAACCCAGCGUCCAUCACGAUCUGGUGAUUCAUUCCUGAAGGGACCGAAUCAUCUUCUCGUACCUCCGCCCAAACCAUGGUAUCCUAGGCAAUCGAAUUCCAUGUCGUAUAAUUCUCUUUUUCCUAUUGUAAAGAGGGCAUAG